UAAUAAUUUUAUAUAAUUCUCUACUAAUUUAAAAAAUAUAGUUUGGUCAGUGGAUGUUGAUUCCUUACUGCAUAAAAACAUCCACCAGCAUAUUAUAGGCGUCGACGUUAUUAUAAACAACACUUCACGAAAUUGUGCAUACAUUUAGUAGUGUUAAAAUUGUGUAGAGCGAACGAUUGUAUGAAAAGAGACUUAGAAAAAAAAAUAAGUUACUUUUUAAAUAAAAUAAUGCUGUGAUAAAAAAAAACUAAGAUCAUCUAAGAUAAUAAAUAUGGCGACAAUAAUUUUUAAAAUCAACGGAAUUCAACACGAAGUGGAUGGAAGAUUUGGGCCGGAUGUAUCUCUCAAUGAAUACAUAAGAAAUGUAGCUGAUCUCCGUGGAACUAAGACGAUGUGUCAGGAAGGCGGAUGUGGAGCCUGCAUAGUGGCAGUCAAGGCCGCCUUACCUCCAACACAUGAAGUUAAAAUCUUCUCAGUGAAUUCUUGCCUCGUAUCUGUAUUAUCAUGUCACGGAUGGGAGAUAACAACGGUCGAAGGAUUAGGAAAUAGAAAUGAAGGGUAUCAUGAAAUACAAAGUAGAUUGGCAAGUUUUAAUGGGACUCAAUGCGGUUACUGCACCCCGGGAUGGGUUAUGAACAUGUAUAGUUUAUACUUAGCUAAAAACAAAAAACUAAGUGCAGCUGAAGUUGAAAAUUCAUUUGCAAGUAAUAUUUGCCGAUGCACAGGCUACAGGCCAAUAGCUGAUGCUUUCAAGAGUUUCGCUACUGACGCUGAGGGGAGAUUAAAAAAAAAGAUUAUUGAUAUUGAAGACAUGGCAACAUUCACAUGUGGAUUUAAAUGUAGCAAAGACUGCAUACAUAAGAGUGAUUGUACAAAAAAUACGAAUGACGACGAAUGGUGUCUCAUCGAAAAAGCUACCAUAAAAACGCUUACCAUAAAAAACGAUAAACACAAAUGGUUCAAAGUUAAUACGUUGACUGAAGUCUUUAAGGCUAUAUCUGAUCACCAUGAUUAUAAAUUGAUUGCCGGAAACACUGGACAAGGAGUGUAUCAUAUAUCGGAAUAUCCUAAAAACAUCAUCGAUAUAUUCAAUGUCACAGAAAUAAAAGGAUAUUCCUUGGAUGUUAAUUUAAUUCUUGGAUCUGGAAUGGUUUUAACCGAUAUGAUGGAAGUGUUUUUAAAAUUGUCUUCAGAAAAUAAAGAUUUCGAAUACUUGAAAGAAUUCUAUCAACACAUGGAUUUAGUAGCACAUAUUCCUGUGCGUAAUAUUGGCACUAUUGGAGGUAAUUUGUAUAUGAAGUACGCGAACAACGAAUUCCCAUCCGAUAUUUUUCUUCUUUUUGAAACAGUGGGAGCAAUGAUAACCAUUGCGGGAUCAGUAAAUAAAAAGAAAACGGUAACGUUAACAGAAUUUCUGAAAAUGAAUAUGAAAGAUUCGAUUAUUUUAAAUGUAUUAUUACCUCCAUUAUCAAGUUCUUGCCGUGUGAAAACAUACAAGAUUAUGCCUCGCUCACAAAACGCACACGCCAUUGUGAACGCUGGGUUUUUAAUAAAGUUCAAGAAAAAUGAUUUAAUCGACAAAGUAAACAUUGUGUAUGGAAACAUAACCCCGCAAUUUAUCCACGCCGAGAAUACGGAGAAAGUUUUAAUUGAUAAGGAUCCAUUUACCGAGGACACAUUGCAAUUGGCUUUGAAGAACUUGUAUGAAGAAAUUCGUCCUGACUCGAGACCUCCCGAACCUUCGCCUGAAUACAGAAAACUAUUAGCAGUAACACUGUUUUAUAAAGCAAUAUUAAGUUUGUGCCCUGAAGGAAAACUAAAUGAAACCUAUCGUUCCGGUGGUGACGUAAUCAAACGGCAUUCAUCAACUGGCACACAAACAUACGAUACAGAUGAGAGUGUGUGGCCUCUAAAUAAACCAGUAGCGAAAUUGGAAGCACUGGUGCAAUGUAGCGGUGAAGCCACCUUUGCAAAUGAUUUGCCGACGCAAACGAAUGAAGUGUAUGCCGCUUUCGUAACAGCUGACAUAAAACCUGGCAGUGUUAUCACAGGAUUCGAUACAACUAAUGCAUUUAAAAUUCCAGGAGUAUUGGCUUUUUACUCUGCCAGUGAUAUCCCAGGAGAAAAUAAUUUCACUCCUACCAAUAUCUCAUUCAUAAGUACCAAAGAAGAAAUAAUAUGUUCAAAAGAAAUUCAAUAUCACGGACAGGCAGUAGGCAUCAUAGUUGCUGAUAGAGAGAGAACAGCAAAUAACGCUGCUAAGUUUGUUGACAUUAAAUAUAAACCUAGUGAUGCACAACCAUUAUUAUCCAUAUCGGAUGUUCUAGCAUCUAAUAAGGAUCAAAGAAUCAACAAGAUCAAAGACAUAGAGGCCACUGAUACAGGAAGUGACGUGAAAAAUAUUAUUCACGGGGAAAUUAUUCUAGAAUCACAAUACCAUUAUUAUAUGGAACCUCAGACAUGUGUUGUCCGACCGACAGAAGAUGGAUUUGAAGUUUAUUCUUCAACUCAAUAUCUUGACUUAACGAAUGUUGCUGUUGCCCAAUGCUUAAAUGUGCCUAUUAAUAGCAUAAAUGUGAUAGUUAGAAGAGUGGGGGGUGGUUAUGGUGGUAAAAUAACAAGGUCGUCCCAAGUCGCCUGUGGGGCUGCAUUAGUAUCGCAUUUACAAGGAAAACUAUGCAGAUUUGUCCUACCUCUGGAAACAAACAUGAAAACCGUAGGUAAACGGAUUCCAACCUAUUGUAAAUUCGAGGUUGGAGUAAAUGAAAAUGGUGAAAUCCAAUACCUAAAAAUUAAAUAUUAUCAGGACAACGGAUGUUCAAUAAACGAAACAAUUGCUCUUAUGACUUUAAACCACUUACCCAACUGUUAUGAUCCCAAACGAUGGAGUAUUGAGGCAUAUACAGUAAUAACAGACACACCUUCAACUACAUGGUGUAGAGCGCCGGCAUCAACUGAAGGUAUCGCAAUUAUUGAAUACAUUAUGGAGAAGAUAGCUUACACCUUAAAGAAAGAUCCCUUGGAAGUAAGGUUUUUAAAUAUAAAACAGGGUGACAACCCUAUUCCUGAAUUGAUAGAGCAAUUGAAAAAGGAUUCAAAUUUUGACGACAGACUUGAAGAGAUAAAACAAUUUAAUGAAAAAAAUCGUUGGAGAAAAAGAUCACUCAAAAUAAUGCCUAUGACUUACGAGAUGUUUUACAUAGGCCCAUUUAAUGCAACCGUUUCUAUUUAUCACGGGGAUGGUUCCGUCGUUAUAACUCAUGGAGCCACUGAAAUGGGGCAAGGCAUCAAUACCAAAACAGCUCAAGUUUGUGCUUAUAUGUUUGGCAUACCAUUAGAAAGGGUAAGUGUAAAACCCAGUACGAGUUUCACAUCUCCGAAUUGCAUGGGCACUGGUGCUAGCGUUGGUAGUGAACUGGUGGCCUACGCUACCACAAAAGCAUGUGAAAUUUUGUUGGAUAGAUUGAAACCCAUACGGGAAAAAUUAGGUAAUCCUUCUUGGGAAGACCUCAUCGAAGGGGCGCAUGAAUCUGGAGUUUAUUUACAAGCAUCACACAUGUAUUCAACGUUUGAACCUGUAAAGCCCUACGAUAUUUAUGGCAUCAUCGCUAUGGAGAUUGAACUAGACAUUCUGACGGGAAAUCAUGACAUAAGACGGGUGGAUUUAUUGGAAGAUACAGGUAGAAGCUUGAAUCCCGAAAUAGAUAUUGGUCAGAUUGAAGGGGCAUUUGUUAUGGGUCUCGGUUACUGGACGUCAGAGAAAUUAGUAUACGAUCGUGAAACUGGAAGAUUAUUGACAGAUCGUACUUGGACAUAUAAACCACCCGGCAUAAAAGAUAUUCCAGCCGAUUUUAGGAUAUACUUCCGAAGAAAUAGUGUCAAUAACUUCGGGGUUUUACAAUCUAAAGCCACAGGAGAGCCAUCAUUAUGUUUGGCAUCAGUUAUAACACAUGCAUUUCGGGAAGCAGUAUCUCAAGGUCGACGGGAUGCUGGGUACGAAGAUCAAUGGAUACAUAUAGAAUAUCCGUGUACUUCGGAGAACAUAUUCAUGGCAAUGGACCAUAAGUUGGAACAUUUCAAAUUAAAGUAAUUUUAUAAAAUGUGUUUUAUAUAAAAUAGUAUAUCUGUUAUUAAUAAAUAAAAUGUUGCCAAGUCUUAAAA